GAAAUCCCAGUUGUAAUCAUCAAAACCAUUCCAAACCAAUCCUUAUCAACCUCCCACUGCACCAUGAAACCAUUUUGUGUUUUUCUUACUUUCUUUCUCUUGCUAGCAGCAAGUAGUAAGAAGGUGGACUCAGCCGAAACAGUUUCCUUCAACUUCAACUCUUUCAGCGAAGGAAACCCCGCAAUAAAUUUCCAAGGUGACGUCACUGUUCUUUCAAAUGGCAAUAUACAACUCACGAACCUCAACAAGGUAAAUAGCGUCGGCCGUGUUCUUUAUGCCAUGCCGGUGCGCAUUUGGAGCAGUGCCACCGGCAAUGUCGCCAGCUUCCUCACCUCCUUCUCUUUCGAGAUGAAGGAUAUCAAAGAUUAUGAUCCUGCCGACGGUAUCAUCUUUUUCAUUGCACCGGAAGAUACGCAGAUUCCUGCCGGCAGUAUUGGUGGUGGAACCUUAGGCGUCUCUGACACUAAAGGGGCGGGUCACUUUGUUGGAGUGGAGUUUGAUACCUAUUCCAACAGUGAGUACAACGAUCCACCCACUGAUCACGUUGGAAUUGAUGUAAAUAGCGUGGAUUCGGUGAAGACCGUGCCAUGGAAUAGUGUGAGUGGAGCAGUGGUGAAAGUGACUGUGAUAUAUGACUCUUCAACAAAGACAUUGAGUGUUGCUGUGACCAACGACAAUGGCGAUAUUACCACCAUUGCUCAAGUUGUUGAUUUGAAGGCGAAGCUUCCGGAGAGGGUCAAGUUCGGUUUUUCUGCCUCCGGCUCCCUUGGCGGUCGUCAGAUACAUCUCAUCCGUUCAUGGUCUUUCACUUCAACCUUGAUAACAACAACCAGAAGAAGCAUCGACAAUAACGAAAAGAAAAUAAUGAAUAUGGCAAGUGCAUGAUUUGGUUUCUACGUACGCUACCUAGUACUUUUAAAGAAAGACCAGACCUUUGUGUGUUAUCAACUUUGUUUCUUUGUGUUUAAAUUAGGUUGUAUGGUUCAAUAUUUCCACUAAUCAUGGUCUGACGGUUGACCGUUUAAAUAAAAUAACAGGUCCAGUUUGGUAUAGUUUUUGUG